AUGGGUGCGGUGAGAUCUCAGCUGGACAGCGAGGGACCUUCGCUUCGCUUUCGGCCCGGAGACCUUCUCCGGCUGCGUGGGACUGGUCCGCGCUGGGAAGGUCAAGAGCUCACGGCAAAGGUGGCCGCUGGGCAGAAAUGUGGAUGUGAAAAAGACAUCAGAUGGAUGUUUGAUCCGAAAAGUCGCGUGCUGAAGCACCGCAGCAUUCGUGAGCUAGGCUUUAUUGAUAUUCUUGAACACUCUUGUUUUUCUCUUGCUUCCUUCUUUCUUUCCUUGACUUCACAAGACGACUUCAGGUCGACGUCCGAGAGUCUGGCCCUCAGCCCACAAAAAAUGCGGCUGUUACAGUAG